AUGGCAAACUGGGCGCGCGAAGAGUUCAUGGAUCGAAUAAAGGCUCUACGUUCGUCGGGCGAAUACUCAGAUCUAACCAUCACCUGCGGACCGGAUACCUACAAAGUGCAUAAAGCUAUCGUAUGCUCUCAGUCAUCUUUCUUCAGCAAGGCCGAGAAGUUUCCCGUAUGCAAGGAAGCCACAGAGGGUGGAAUACAUUUACCCGAGGACGAUCCGCAAGCUGUGAAGCUCUUAGUCCAGUUCUUCUACGAGAGCGAAUACGACCCGCAGUAUCCUAGCCUUGAUCGUCAUGAUCUCAAUGAGGCAGGCAAGCCAAAACUGACGGUGCUAAGAAGACACGGUUACCACUACAACUUCCCUCACACAUGCUGCAAGCCUCACUGCCUAGACUCCGCCUAUAAAGUAUGUCAUCAUCAUCAUUGUACACCAAAAGCCUGUGGAGAAAAGUGCGUCAAUUUCAUCUGCAAAGACUGCGCGGUCCGACCACCUGACGGCGAUGCCGACCAGCUUCUUCUUCAUGCGAUGAUGUAUGAGCUUGCGGAUAAGUACGAUGUCACCGGACUAAGAUACCUGGCCAAGAAGAAGUUCUAUCACUCAUGUGCGGCCUUCUGGGACACUGAGCAGUUCGCCAUAGCAGCUGAGCACGCCCUUAUCUCAACACCUGAGAGUGAUACUGGCUUGCGACAAGUGCUUUGUCAGACGAUAAGAUCACACAUCAAACUGCUCAACGUACCAAGCAUCGUCACUUUGCUCCACAAGCAUCCUAAUCUUAUGUACAGUGUUCUCAGAAAGCAGGCUGAAGAGCUCGGGGGCUUGGAACCCAUGGUCAAGACUGCAUCCUGA